AUGUUUUCUUAUGGGCGCCUCUCAAAAUACGAACUAGACGCAUGUGCUGCCGAGGUGAAUGAAACGCUCUACUUUAAUGCAAUCCUUGCCCCAAAGGAGUCUCGUGCGAAGUGGCGGGCAACACAGGUCUGGAAGGAAUGCGACAAGGAGAUAAUGGAGAGAUAUGUCAGUACCAUCGCAAAAAAUCAAAACAAGGGCAGGCCUUACUCAUCUGUCUUACCGACAACCAGCAUGAGUGACCCGACUGCUCUCAGCAAGGAGAAUAAAGCCAUGGAUUCUGACUCCUCCGAUUAUGGUCUUCUAGACGACGAAGAGGUGGAUGAGGAGGACGCGGGGGCAGUCUCGGAAAUAGCCCGUGCUGAGGGCUUAAACCUCGCAAAUGACAUCAAAUUCCUGUCUGAUGACGUGGAGGAGGAGUUGGAGAGAAUUCUUGGUCCUAGCCAGGUGCCCACAACUACUCACACUACAAACAAAAACCCCAGUUGUCAUGUCCAAAACGAGGCCUCUGAUGAAGACACCAGCAUUACUGGGUGCAUUGAGGAUAUAAGCGUCAACUUUUCUGACGCUGGCAGCCUCUCCGAAAAGGACCAGCCGUGCGUGACUUCCACGACACCAAAAGGGAAAAAGACUCCGAUGGUUUCCUUUGACUCUCCUCUCAGUGAGCGCUCGUCGAUCGCUGUUCAGACCCUCUCCACUGGUGACAUAAUGGCCACCCAAAUUUUCCAUGACAUGAACUAG